AUGGCAGAAGACGUCAAGACCAAAAUCAAGAACUAUAAGACUGCCCUUUUUGACAGCCUCUUCCCCAACCAGAACCAGACGAGGAGCUGCUCGCAGAACUACCUGGACUUCCACCGCUGCCAGAAGGCGAUGACCGCAAACGGGGGUGACGUCUCUGUGCGUAAACGGUACCAGCACAUGUACAAGCCGCUCUGCCCUAAGUCCUGGGAUGACCACUGGGCAGAAAGUACGUUUUCUGGGAAGAUUUGA